GCGAGGUUGCCAGAUACUGUUUAUUGCGUGGGCGUUUCUCCUAUAUUAAAUCCAUAUCUCAGACGUCACGUUAUCUAUGUUAGAGAAUCUCAAGGCUUGAUUUUAUACUCAUUGUGAAAAAAAUAAUAAUAAAUAUUUAAAAAAAAAUAAGCAGCCUUCGUCUUGCGGAUAAAUAUACGAAGUGGUAACUGAUACUAGAGUAGCGAGUGGUUCAGGAUACAUAAAAACACGGCUGAGCAAGAAUCAGUCACUGAACUUAUAGUACCUGCUGCUAGCAAAACAAACCCUGAGCAAGAUGAUUUCCGUACGAGCUGCUCUGGUCGUCGUGGCCCUGAUCGCCCUCGUGUCCGUGGCCUUCGCGAUGCCAGGCUACGGAGGCUACGUCAGGCCGUCCUACCACGGCUCAGUCGGCUACGGCCGACCCUCCUACGGAUACAACAGGCCUUACGGACAUCGCUGGUGAGGCAGCGGACGCCGACGCUACGAUUCCUCAAGAGCCUGAAGCAGCAGGACGAUUCUGACAGGAAUCAAGGAAGCUUAAGAAGAGCGAUGGAAUCAUCUGGCAUGAUUGGCAGCUGUUAAUGCGUUGUUAAAUAUAUUAUUGUUUUGUAUGUGUGUGUUUAAUAUUUUUUAAAGAGAAUAUUGAAUUAGUGAUUCUGUUAUCGAAGGAAAUGUACCAAAGUGACGAUACUUCAUAAUAAAGAAGUAGAAAGAGA